GGUCGCUCCGCGCGGUCCUGCGUGAGGAUGUCAACCUUAACGGGGGCCGUAGGAAAUUGAGCGGCACACGCGCGACGACGAGACGCCGCGGAGCAGCUCGGGCGCGGACAAGCGGGGUCGUCAUGUGCCAGAGGUCCACGCUUCGUGGGGGGAAUCAGAGAAAAUAGAGGAUCCGUUGUUCGUCCGGAGGAUGAUUUAAAGCUCCGUGCGCACAGAAUAACGCGCUGGGAAUUUUGGAGAAGACCGAGGCAGCCCCCCCGCUGUGGUUAUCGCACCGAAUGGACUUUUGAAAUAACGGUCCCGCAGCCUCUGACCAACCAGAGAUCCGGAGAUGUUUUCGCUCCUCGCGGAACCUGCGCACAGCCCGCACGCAGACCACUGACCUGGCCUUUUACGCACGAGGGGGAAAGGUCCGUGCUCGCACAGUUUGUUCUCGUGUUUAUGUGGAUGAACUUUGCAAUACGUUUUUAAUGAUUCGAGAUCUGAGCAAGAUGUACCCCCCGGCACGGCAUCCGGUCCCCCACCAGCCGGGACAGCCGUUCAAGUUCACUGUCACCGAGUCCUGCGACCGGAUCAAGGAGGAGUUCCAGUUUCUGCAAGCCCAGUAUCACAGUCUGAAAUUGGAGUGUGAGAAACUGGCCAGUGAGAAAACUGAGAUGCAGAGACACUAUGUUAUGUACUACGAAAUGUCAUAUGGACUCAACAUCGAGAUGCACAAGCAGGCGGAGAUCGUCAAACGGCUGAACGCAAUCUGCGCCCAAGUCAUCCCCUUCCUCUCUCAAGAGCACCAGCAGCAGGUGGUGCAGGCGGUGGAGAGGGCCAAGCAGGUCACCAUGGCUGAGCUCAACGCCAUCAUAGGACAGCAGCAGCUCCAGGCUCAGCACCUCUCCCACGGCCACGCCAUCCCCAUCCCCCUCACGCCCCACCCGGCUGGCCUCCAGCCCCCCCUGCCCCCUGGGGCCGGUACUGCCAGCCUGCUGGCGCUCUCCUCCGCCCUGAGUCACCAGCUGCCGCUCAAAGACGAGAGGAAACACCAUGAUAACAACAGUGAACACCCGAGAGACAGAGACUCAGUCAAGAGCUCAUCUGUGUCUCCCUCAGCCAGUUUUCGGACCGGAGAGAAGCACCGGAGUUCGAGCGAUUACUCCUCCGAAGGCAAGAAGCAGAAGACAGAUGAUAAGGAGUUGGCCUCCACACGCUACGAAAGUGAUGGAGAGAAGAGCGAUGACAACUUGGUAGUGGACGUCUCCAACGAGGAUCCAGUCUCUCCUCGAGGAAGUCCUGCCCACUCUCCGCGGGAGAACGGAUUGGACAAAAGUCGCCUGUUGAAGAAGGAUGCUCCCCUGAGUCCUUCCUCCAUUGCCUCCUCGAGCAGCACACCUUCAUCCAAGUCCAAAGAGAUUAAUUUGAAUGAGAAGUCCACAACACCUGUGUCCAAGUCCAGCACCCCAACAUCCCGAUCUGAUGCCCCAACACCCAGCAGCACCUCCAACCCGGGCCUGAGGUCUGCACCUGGUAAACCGACAGGUGUCGAGACGCUGACCCCUGGUCUUCGCACGCCACUGGCCGUGCCCUGCUCGUACCCCGGGCCAUUUGGUAUGGUUCCUCACCCGGGUAUGAACGGAGAGCUGAGCGGAGCCGGAGCAGCCUACACGGGCCUACAUAACAUCUCCCCACAGAUGAGCGCGGUGGCUGCCGCUGCGGUGGCAGCUUACGGACGUACACAAGUGGUGGGAUUUGAUCCUCACCACCACAUACGUGUCCCUGGCCUUCCUCCCAACCUGUCGGGCAUUCCUGGUGGAAAACCAGCCUACUCCUUUCACGUGAGCGCUGAUGGACAAAUGCAGCCUGUGCCUUUUCCUCCGGAUGCACUGAUCGGCCCUGGCAUCCCGCGCCACGCACGACAGAUCAAUACUCUCAGCCACGGGGAGGUGGUGUGCGCUGUCACCAUCAGUAACCCGACGCGUCAUGUCUACACCGGCGGAAAGGGCUGCGUCAAGGUGUGGGACAUCAGUCACCCGGGAAACAAGACCCCCGUAUCCCAGUUGGACUGCCUGAACAGAGAUAACUACAUCCGCUCCUGUCGACUGCUUCCCGACGGGCGGACUCUCAUUGUCGGGGGCGAGGCGAGUACAUUGUCAAUCUGGGACUUGGCCACACCAACUCCACGGAUAAAAGCAGAGCUCACUUCGUCAGCACCCGCCUGUUACGCACUGGCCAUCAGCCCCGACUCAAAGGUCUGCUUCUCCUGCUGCUCCGACGGAAACAUAGCCGUCUGGGAUCUUCACAACCAGACUCUGGUUAGGCAGUUCCAGGGCCACACCGAUGGGGCCAGCUGUAUAGAUAUCUCUAAUGAUGGGACCAAGCUUUGGACUGGAGGUCUGGAUAACACCGUCCGGUCCUGGGACCUGAGAGAGGGACGGCAGCUGCAACAGCAUGACUUCACGUCCCAGAUCUUCUCGCUGGGAUACUGUCCAACGGGCGAGUGGCUGGCAGUAGGGAUGGAGAACAGUAAUGUGGAGGUCCUACAUGUCACCAAACCUGACAAGUACCAGCUCCACCUGCAUGAAAGCUGUGUGCUUUCACUCAGAUUUGCUCACUGUGGGAAAUGGUUUGUGAGCACAGGAAAAGACAAUCUGCUCAACGCAUGGAGAACCCCAUAUGGAGCCAGCAUAUUCCAGUCAAAGGAGUCGUCCUCAGUGCUGAGCUGCGACAUCUCCAUAGAUGACAAGUACAUCGUGACGGGCUCAGGAGAUAAGAAAGCAACAGUCUACGAGGUCAUCUACUAGGAGGGCUGCAGUCAUUAAACAACAAGGCUGUCCUUCCAUCCAGACACUCCGCGAUAUCUCCAUCACCUACGUACAAUUUUUGAUGUGUAUAUAAAAUGGAUUUGGAAGGAACAAACCAAACAUUUUCUCACGAGUCUUUCUUGGACCAUGACCUUUGGAACUCCUGGCUGGUCGUGGAUCAAAACGAACAAGCAGAACCAAGCACAGGGAUGUUGUUUUUAAAGAGUGGCUUUGCGUUGUUGCGAGGAUGAGCGAAUGUCCAUGUGCGCUACGUCUGGAGUGGAUGCUGCCGUUACAGCUUUGGCCAGAUAACAUUCCUUUAUGUGACCCUUUUUGUGUAAGCGUCUGAUAUAUUUGUUUUUUUCCAACAUGUAGACAAGCGGCUGUAUCACAAGCAUCACUGAUCACAUAUACUACUUUGCCUAUGUGCUUUGUGUAUAUCUUAUAUAAACUAGGUGGCAGAGUAGGGCCGAACCAUUCCUGGCCGACUCAAGAAUAUCUGGAAAAAUACUGAUUUUUCGCAGCAUAACCAUGACUAAAAAUGAGGGGAUUACUAUAGUGUCAAUGUUAAGAUCAUGGCACAGGUCUCCUCUCAAAACCCAACACCCUUGUUGUCGUCGUCUGCUGCUGACCUUAAUUCACGUCCUGACAUCACCGGUGCUCCCCUUGUUUCUGAGCUUAAUUGCAUCCUGCAGGCGUGUGGCGUUAAUUUGCGAGGAUGACACAGUUCUCCAGAGGACACGGGAUACACAGGAGUAGCCAUUACGCACACGUGAACGUGUUGGUGAAAGCAAAUAUAGGAGUGACUUCAUUCGAAAACAACUUACUGUGGAUAUUUGUGUAAAAAUGGUAAUUUUCCGUAUUUUGAUGAAUUGUUUUUAGUAAAGUAAUGUCUAAAGGCAAUAUAUUAAUUUUCUUUUGUUGAUUAUGUCUUGCCCUCACGCUCAGUAUGUUAUUACCUCAUACCAAAUUUGCCUUUUUUUUUUUUACAUUUUUUUAUUUUCUUUCUGGCAUAACUAUCUAAACAUCAGCCUUGCACAUGAGAAAAGCUCUUAACUUUAUGUGGAAGAUUACAGCCUAUUCAAAAAAAGGUUGCUUAAUAUCUCACGUAACCUUGACAAGAUGGUAGACUAACAACAUUUAGCUCCUACAAGGACUGACAAACAGCGCCCACAUGAUACAAACAGUGGCAUUGUCCAGAGCGGAGUGGUAUGGCAUUUUGGGAAAUACACCUUGUAGCUCUUCUUGUCAAGAUUUGGAUGAGAAGAUCAAUACCACUCUCAUGUCUGUACACUAAAUAUAACGCUCCAGUCAGCUUAGCUUAGCAUAAAGACUGGAAGCAGGGUGGAAAGCUUUGCUCUGUCCAAAAACAACACAUGCCCCCUAGCAGCUUGUCGUCUUGUCGUCCCCGUGAGGUUGCAGGGAAACCAGGAGUGAAUAGUCUGG